GGGGACAUGUGGCCACCGCCUCUCCAGUGACUCAGGUCUUGUACUCACACCUCAGCCAUUUCCGUCUCCCCCAAGCCACAGCCACUCUGGGAGGGGAAGCUGGGGUUUGUGGUUCCUGUUUUGCUUGCGGACAGGAGUAGGAGUGAGGAGGGGGCCGGCGGCAGGUCUGGCUUCUCAUUGCCACACAAUUAGUGCUUUCCCAAGGGGACGAAGAGGUUGGGUUCGUGGUGGCUCCAACCCCCAUGGCUUCUUCUCUGGCUAUUCUUGCAGAAGAGAACUUGGUGAACUCUGCAUUGUUGGAUGUCAGCCUCUCCCCCUCCUGUGGGUUCCCUGAGGGCAGGGGACAGGUACGCAAGGCUGCUCUAUAGGGCUCUGCGUGGGUAGCAGGAUCCUGUUUCUCAUCGGUUGAGCAACCUGGGAAACACGCCAUAGAGGGCACAUUUUCAAACAGCAGCGUGAAGAGCCGGUGGUGGGAAAGGGCUGGAAGUGGGCCCAGGCUGUCGGAAGCCAUCGCUGAAUUUAGCAGGGGAAGGAUGUGUUGAAGAGAAUUCAGGAUGCUGAUUUCGCACCUAGAGGAAGCCUACAGCUUAGCAAGGGCGAGGACCCGGAAGUAGGGAGGACCUUCGCGCACGUGAUGGGGGACUCGCGAGAGCUGUCACGUGACUCGGCAACCCGCUGCUCCGCGGUGCGGAACGCUCGUUCGUUCUUAAAGACCCUCACCCGCCCGGUGGGAGCCAACCCUAAACUCUCGCCGACUUGGGGCUCCUCGGGGGAGCUGCGCUUGAGGCCAUGGGGAGCCGUGCGGGCUCGCAGCGGCGCCGCUCGGAUUCCGGGGGGGAGGAGACAGACCCGGAGCCCGAGUCCCCUCGGUGGGAAGAUCGGACCGCGCAUUGGAGGAAUGCGGCGGGCUUCUGGAUCCUGGGUCUCUGCAACAACUUCUCCUACGUGGUGAUGCUCAGUGCCGCGCACGACAUCCUCAGCCACAGGGGGACACCAGGGAACCAGAGCCACGUGGACCCAGGGCCAGUGCCCAGCCCCCACAACAGCUCCUCUCGAUUUGACUGCAACUCGCUCUCCACAGCUGCGGUCCUCCUGGCAGACAUCCUCCCCACCCUCGUCAUCAAACUGCUGGCUCCCCUUGGCCUUCACCUGCUGCCCUACAGCCCUCGGGUUCUCAUCAGCGGGGUGUGUUCUGCUGGAAGCUUCAUCCUCGUAGCCUUUUCUGGCUCCGUGGGGAUCAGCCUGUGCGGUGUGGUCUUGGCCAGCAUCUCUUCAGGUCUAGGGGAGGUCACCUUCUUGUCACUCACCGCCAUCUACCCCAGGGCUGUGAUCUCCUGGUGGUCGUCAGGUACCGGGGGUGCAGGGCUGCUCGGGGCGCUGUCCUACCUGGGCCUCACCCAGGCUGGCCUCUCCCCUCAGAACACCCUGCUGUCCAUGCUGGGUAUACCUGCCCUCUUGCUGGCCAGCUACUUCCUACUGCUCACAACUCCGGAGUCCCAGGACCCUGGAGGGGACGACGAGGCAGAGACAGCAACUCGGCAGCCCCUGUUAAGCUCCGAGGUCCCAGAGUCAAGGCCAGACUCCAGCUGGAACCUCUCCUUCCAGGAAAAGUGGACUGUGUUCAAGGGCCUGCUGUGCUACAUCAUCCCGCUGGUGCUGGUCUACUUUGCUGAGUAUUUCAUCAACCAGGGCCUUUUUGAGCUGCUCUUCUUCCGGAACACAAGCCUGACCCACGCUCAGCAGUACCGCUGGUACCAGAUGCUGUACCAGGCUGGAGUCUUCAUCUCCCGCUCUUCUCUCCGCUGCUGUCGCAUCCGCUUCACUUGGGCCCUGGCCCUGCUGCAGUGCCUCAACAUGGCCGUCCUGCUGGCCGACAUCUGGCUGAGCUUCCUGCCCAGCAUCUACCUCGUCUUCGGGGUCAUUCUCUACGAGGGGCUCCUGGGAGGCGCGGCCUACGUGAACACCUUCCACAACAUUGCCCUGGAGACCAGCGACAAGCACCGGGAGUUUGCCAUGGCCGCCGCCUGCAUCUCUGACACCUUGGGGAUCUCCCUGUCAGGGCUCCUGGCCUUACCUCUGCACGACUUCCUGUGCCGCCUCUCCUAACACCGCCCCCCACCCCACCCCUCCACCCUCAGCCGGGGAUACAGAAAGCAGAACACUCCGGGCUGGGAGCAGGUGGGCAGGUCAGACACCCAGCUGCACCGGCGAGCACGUCCCUGAGCUCUGAUCACCACUUUCCCCACGGGGCUGGGACAGGGAAGUGCCAGGCCUUGUUCCCCUUGGGCACCGGGCAGCCGUGUCUCCCACUCCCAAGCUGGACUCAGGGAGUUUCUUCGUGGCCUUGUGCCAUCUAAAUAAAUGCCUAUUUUAUCAAUGGACCUCUUGUGCCAUUUUUUCC